AUGUCUAUCGAAGAAAUCCCACAAGGUGCUAACGUCCAAAUCCUCUCCAAGGAUGAAAAGAAAGCUAGAGACUUAAUCAAGAAGCUCAACUUAAAGCAAAUCAAGGGUAUCACCAGAGUCACCUUCAAGCAAAAGGGUAACUUAAUUUACGCUAUUGACCAACCAGAUGUUUUCAGAUCUGCUGCUGGUACUUACGUCGUUUUCGGUGAAGCCAAGGUUGAUGACAUGAACAAGAGAAUUGCCGAAGCUCAAGCUCAAGCUGCUCAACAAGAAGCUUUGACCAAAGCUGCUGCCGGUUCUGCCACUGACGACAAGUCUCCAGAAUCUAUCACCGCUGACCUUCAAGCUGCUUCUUUAGAAGAUAAGAAGAUCGAAGAAGAAGAUGUUGACGAAGUUGUCGAUGAAUCAGGUUUAGACGCUGCUGACAUUGAUAUCAUCAUUGACCAAACCCAAGUCUCCAGAACCAAGGCUGUUAAGGCUUUAAGAAAGCACGAUGGUGACAUGGUCAAUGCUAUUAUGGAAUUAUCUUAA